CACAUUGCCUCCACUUCUCUAGACUUUCCAUUUUUAUCAUUAAUUCACCACCCAGAGCCGAGCAAUCUAGUGUCUAUUUUAUUCUGACAGCCAUCGUCUAUGUAGACUUAUAUCGUCAACUAGGACUCUCCUUCUUAAUCGUCUUCUUCGAAUUACCUUCUCUAUGCCACCGUCUACUGCGACAUCUACAACCUUCCUGCCGAGCAUCUAGUGGUAAACCGCAAGCUAGAACACAUGGCUACCAGUUAUACCAUGCCUAAUCAAAUUCUCACCUAUUUUUACGUCCUGAUGUUUUACACGUAAACAUUUCACCGCAGCUGAGAACUUCACCGGCCACCACUCUCUUGCCGGUCAUCUUCUCGCUGAGAACCUCAAGAUCAAUAUUGCUGCUUUCGGUAGCAAAGGUAAGUAACAGUUAUCUCCCUUCAAUUUUCUAUCCCCGUGAUGUUGUCCUCCCAGCUGAGCACGCCGCUUCCUCUUUUAAUCUCAUUGUCAUUCCCUUCCGAUAUUUAUCGUCGUUGUCAUAAGAAGCAACUAUUACUUUUGCCAAUUAUGAUUCCUCGCGUGCUUCUCAUGAUAAUCAAACCUAAGAAAUUUCGUCAAUAGGCUAAUGGUCUGGGUAGGUUCUUCUCGAACAUCAGUAUGGAAAUCGACAACGAACAGAGCGAGCUCUCGGAGGCGACACCGGCUCGUCAACGAGCAGCUUCUUCACCACGAGCUUCUGAGCCAUCACAAGAUUCCGUGGGAGCUAAUCGUCCUUCCUGGACGUGCAACCAGCUAGGGGACAGCAAUAUCCUACGAUUCCGUCGUCGUCCCAUCAUUGAGCCUACUCGUUAUUUCUGGGUGUGCACCAAGGUCCUCCAAAACAACACGACCGUACGAUUCAGUCGUCGCCCUGUACUCCCGACUACUCUGACUCAUUUGGUGUGUACUAGACAAGGGGAUUCCGCGAUCGUGCGAUUCCGUCGUCGUCUUGCCACUCUCUACGAAGUGAUAAACGAAGAAAGCCCUGACAGACAUGCUCGAAUCGACCGCCUUGGGAAGGACGCACGUGAGCGACGGCUACGUGGUCAGCGAAAGAUGCUAGAGGAUGUCGAGCGAGAGCGUGCUAAUGACGGAUCCUCUGACGGAGCUAGCUCUGACGCUUCCCAGUCGGAUGAUACUUCCCAGUCUGAUGACGAUUCUUCGUCGGAGGAUGAUUCUUCGUCGGAUGAUGAUUCUUGGUCGGACCGGGGCCGCCCACCCUUCCGCGAGCACGCACAGUCUGACGUCUACAUGCCGCAGCCUCUUGAGAUGAUCGACCCUGACUUUGUGGACUUCAUGAACACCGGCCGCCACCGUACCGAGCCCCCGACUGAAGAUGAUCUCCCUCUCCAUCUGGCGACUUCCAUGUGCAUGGGGGACGCUUACACCGGCAACAUGAUGCUUGACCUGUUCCCCGGCCUAGUGAAUCGCAGUAAUUGGGACGGCUAAGCUUCUUCAACACUAAAGUUUCUGGAGAAGAAUUGGCUGUCAUCGUGGCCCAUGGAUGGUCGACCGUUUGCUAUGGUCACUUUAGGCACAGAUGAUUGGGUUUUACUAUAGCAAUCAGACCAAUGAAUUCAACGACCAACUUGAUAUUGCUGUGUAUUCUGUGCUAAGUUUCCUGUUACCCAUGAUUAUAGUGAAGGGUGCUUGGUAACUAUGACUGAAGACCUUACAUACGUAAUAAAGGGGUUAAUCCAGGGGGUGAUGACUAAGCAUUUCUCUACUCUUGAACUCAAAGAAGAGAGUAAAAUCAAACCAGACCUCGGAACUUCC